AUGCUGGAUCUAAUGGCAACUGCUGUUAAAAUGAACGGUUUGUCAAGGUGCUUGGAAAGACAAAUCAUACAACACGCGAAAACACCUUUCUUCAGGAAGUGCAAUACGACCCCACUACGUCUUUCUGGCGUUCAUCUCCGACGAUACUCAGACCAGAGCUCAAAAUACAACGGCAACAUGACUACUCAACCUCCCAAGAACGAGAUGGUGUACAUGCCAGGGGUGAUGUCACCGAGUCGAUCGUUCGGGGUAUUCCGUAAGGUCCUUCACACUGGUCUGUAUUCGCAAUUUGUGGCGAUGGAAGUUCCGGUCAACGGCGAAAUUGGUGACGAGAUUCAUACCGUCGAUCAAGUGCUGAUAUUCACCCAUGGCACUGGCAAGGCAAUUGUUGCUGGGAAGGAACAAGAGGUCAAACAGAACGAUGUCGUCAUAGUCCCGGCUGGCACUCAACACCAGUUUCUGAAUAUCGGAAACACGCCACUCGAAGUCGUCACCAUAUACUCCCCGGCUGAACAUGAUCCGCGUACAGUACAUCAAACCAAGGCAGAGGGCGAUGCACAGGAAGAGGCUGGCGAGGAUGAAGCACCAGAGUGGAGUCAACGGAGCAAGUCGGAGAACGAGAAGAUUGGGCUGGUCAUUCCGCCAUAA